AUGAGGGGAAGCAUUGACAUAGAAGAUGGGAGUGGUUAUGUAGUAACUCCUGUCGUCUUUGCAGAAAUGGGUGCUCGUGUAUCUCAACUCAGCGAUCCUCUGAUGUCUCGAUAGAGCUGAAACUGAUGGAAGUGAACCGUUUGGACUUCUACAUCGGUCUCUCACUGGCUAUGGGCUCCAGUGCUUUUAUCGGUGCAAGUUUCAUCCUGAAGAAGAAAGGCCUGCUGCGAUUGGCCAGCAAGGGUUCAAUGCGAGCAGGUCAAGGGGGGUAUGCUUACCUGAAAGAAUGGCUGUGGUGGGCAGGACUAAUUUCAAUGGGAGCUGGAGAGGCCGCUAACUUCGCUGCAUAUGCAUUUGCGCCAGCCACACUGGUGACUCCUCUUGGCGCAUUGAGUGUGCUUGUGAGUGCCGUGCUCUCCUCUUAUUUUCUGAAUGAAAGGCUGAAUGUGCAUGGGAAGAUUGGUUGUUUGCUCUGCGUCUUGGGCUCCACAGUGAUGGUGAUCCAUGCUCCGCAGGAAGAGGAAGUUUCUUCACUCAGUGCCAUGGCUGAGAAGCUCAGAGACCCAGGUUUCAUUGUGUUUGCUGUGUGCGUUGUGGGAAGCAGCCUGGUUCUUAUCUUUGCUGUGGCUCCACGGUUUGGACAGAAGAAUGUGAUGGUCUACAUCCUGAUCUGCUCUGUGAUUGGCUCCCUCUCUGUGUCUUGUGUCAAGGGCCUGGGAAUUGGCAUUAAGGAGCUGUUUGCUGGGACAGCAGUGCUGAAGGAACCCCUGUUCUGGUCCUUAGUCAUCUGCCUGGUAAUCUGUGUCAGCGUUCAAUUAAAUUACCUGAACAAAGCCCUCGACAUCUUUAACACCUCCAUAGUAACUCCCAUCUACUAUGUCUUCUUCACCACCUCUGUCAUGGCCUGCUCAGCCAUCCUCUUCAAGGAAUGGUUGAGUAUGACCACUGAUGGAGUAGUGGGAACGAUUAGCGGGUUCCUCACCAUCAUUUUGGGGAUCUUCCUUCUCCAUGCCUUCAAGGACAUUACAUUUAACUGGGAUUCCCUCCCAUUCUACUUGAGGAAGGGCCCUCAGGGCUUUCCAUGGGGGCAGCAGCCUUACAUGGCUCUUCCCAGCCACGACACCCAAGCAGAGGAUGAGAUGAAGCUGCCCAGAGAAGGAGGCUCAAAGGGGGGGUGGAGUACGCACCAAAGAGCUCCUUAAAGAGGACCAAUAGUCUUUACUUACAGAAAUUGCUUAUUGCAAUUCUUAAGCUUUAAAGGUGGGGUAUGUGAUUCUGGAGAAACCCAGAACAACGACAGAACAAGUAAUGUAACUAACGUUAGCUAGGUUGUGGAUUAGCAAACUGUCCCUAUAGUUGCUGCUGCAAAGCUAACAGCCAGAGAGGGAGUGAUGUUUUUCAGAGCCAGCAAACCAGCUCCAAACAGCGAUACUCACAACUCUCCUGCUACUAUAGCUAACAUCACAACAACAGCAUAUCUUUGGCAAACUAGAAAGUAAGCUGAAUGUCCGUGGGCAAGUCAUUAAACGUUACCUGACACACAAAUCAUGGCUGGAAUAGUGCUGUGUGGCUCGGUCUGAGCCACUUUGUUUCCCAUUUACAGAGCCAGGGCUGUGUACAAACACCAGAUUUUUUUUUUCAGCGCACACACUGAAUGAACUAGUGGACCGUGAGGAGAUAUUCGCUGAAUUUGACAAAAAGACGUAUAUUGGAUUAGAACAGCAUACCCCACCUUUAAUGCACAUCACAGCUUUACAGUGUGACAAGUUAGUUUACUAAAUCUUCUGUCUUACACAAUGCAGUAUGCACUGAAUGAACAAAGUUACCUAAAGUGAGCAUAAUGUCCCUGUCAGCACACUGGAUUUCAUAUAAAAUGUACAUUCUUAAUUGCACAUGAUUGUGUAUCCACAUCUUUUUCCCUUUGGUUAAAAAAAAGACAAAGGACAGAAUUAUAAUCUGUAGUAUAAUUUAUAUCAAUGUAAAUGUCUGUUGCAGUACUGUGUAGGUUUUUUUUUUUAACAGUAUAUUAAGUAAAGAAAAUUAAAGGUUGAAUAUUAGCCUGCAUAAGCAAGAUUGUUACUUGCCUUCUGUUACUGAAAACAAUAACCUUAUUCAUAGUUUUGCACUUUUAACCUUAGCAUAUAUUGUACAAAUGAUUUUACAACCAGUGUAAAGCUAGAAAACUUGAUUAGCUCUGAAUGCAUUUCAAUCAUGUUGUUGAACAAGUUUGAAUAAUUCCUCUGAUGAGUUCCUGUAAUACCUCAGUGUUAUAUACAAACUGCACCAAAGAAUGUUCUCUGUAUAAAUGAAUUCCCAACAUGUGCCAAGCUGUAACAUAGCUCUGAUGUAACUGCACUUUGUGUGUUUGAUAAUGCUGAUUAAAACAUAACUACAACAUUA